ACUCGACGAACUCCAUCUGGUGUGUGUUGCGACCAGUCUCACGCCGUCGUAUUUGCCUCCGGCGCUCUGAUUCCAAAGGCAGACCAACGUCAAAGUUCACGGGAACUUCGACUCGAGAAGAACCUUGAGCAUCUUCCCUUCUUCAGGAACCAAUUAUUAUUAUUUUAAGAAAAAUUCCUCUCCUCCGUCUUCAGGUGGCCUACAACCAACCACUAAGAAUUCUACAAUGGGUAGCGGAGAUUAUUCUGGUCCCGAUUUCCUCAUCAACCAGUCAGCUCACACGUGCCUGACAGUGAUCAGUGGCUCCGGUGUCCACGACGCUGUGAUUGGCAUGUCAAAAUGCACAGGCGGAAUCAAGCAGCAGUGGUUCGCCAGAAAUGGCCAGUGGCAUUGGGGAGGAAACCAGACUCUCUGUCUUUCCAGAGACAAGUCUGGAAAGUUGUGUCUUGCACCUCAGAACGCAGUGUCGCAAUCAUGGGUCCACGAUGAGCAGGAAAGACUGGUUCUGGGGUCACAGGCGCUGGAUGUGCCACGGUCAAGCCCCAGAAUCCAAGUGAUCUUUUACCCCAAGAACUCCGGGUUCAACCAGAAGUGGUGGACUUUUUCCAAGCUGAAAGCUUAUCUGGCUGACAAACAGCUGGUGGGUGAACAUUGCUUGGCCCCGCCAGUCUUGGCGAUGUGCAGAAAGAGAUUAGUCGUUGUUUUGCAGUUAAAAAUGACAGUCUGAAAGGCAAAUGUAACUGUCAAGUGGACUAUCUCGUCAAUCAGAGUACUCUCACCUGCUUAACUGUCUUGAGUGGCACAGGCCCCAGUGAUGCUACAAUUGGACUAGCACCAUUCAGCGGCACCAUUAAUCAGCAAUGGCUCAUCCAGGAUUCAACUUGGAUUUGGGCUGGAAAUCCUUCAUGUUGCCUUGUGCCAAACUUGAAACAAGGCAUCUUAAUGCUAGGGGCAGUUGACAGCAGCAAAACCUCGUGGAAUUUCGAUGGCCAAGGGGUUCUGGAAACCAACUCAAAGGCUCUUGAUGUACCAAGGGAUAUUCCAAGAACUCGUGUUAUUCUCUACGCGAAGCAUGGCGGCGUAAACCAGAAAUGGUGGAAGCUCUCCCAAAUCAAAUCGAUUCUUCAGAAGUCUCCAGAGACGAAAGCCUCUUAUCCUGCACCUUUAGUGAACAUGGCCGACAGGAUAAUAGCUCAGGACCAGAGUUGUGAGUGCAAGGAAUUGGUAACAGGUGCUGCUUUUGAGGAACCAGAAUAUCUUAUCAGCCAGAGCACUCACGCUUGCCUAACGGUGCUGGAUAGUACAAGUCCAAAUGACACCAGCAUCGGUUUAGCUCCCUACACUGGUGAUGCAAGACAACAAUGGUAUGUGAAAGAAGGCAUCUGGGAAUGGGGUCAGGAUCGAUCUUAUUGUCUAGGUCCUGACUUGCAGACAGGUAUGUUAAAACUUACACUAAACAAGGAAUCAAAUUCAUUAUGGACUAUAGAUAAAGAUGGUCUGUUUGUGAAUGGCCAUCAUGCCUUGGAUGUGCCUUGGGAAGGAGACAGGACAAAGGUCAUUUUGUCCCCUAAAAAUGGUGACAUGAAGCAGAAGUGGUGGCGUAUGUCAAAUCUCAAGUUGUUUGUAGGUAGAAAAAUUUAUCCGCUAUCUGCAUCAGAUGAAAAUACCUACAAAGAUGAAGUGGCACGGGGCAUAGUCAACCGCCUAUGUUCUCUGAUGGAACCUUUACCUCAUCCGAGGGAUAUUGAUCACUAUCCAGGAACUGUUGCGCCAGAAACUCCAAGAAAAACCCUGAUGUGUGCCCUAACAGUUGGAAGCGUACAGCAGCGUAGUAACCUUCGUAUGACAGUUCCUGAAGACUGGCAGGCUACCAAUAUGUAUGUAGUUGCAGGUGAUAUAUUCACUAUCACAUUACCAAAUAUAACUGAAAAGCAGGCUGAACAAAUCGCAGUCAGAGUUGGAGCUCACCGUGAUUGUCUCACUCCUACAUCACCCAAUCUGCAAAAGGGUUUCUUUAAACGCAUGCCAGUUGUGUCCGAGGAAUUUGACCUUAAUCCAGGUGAAAAUCGUCUGCGUAGCCAGUUUGGAGGUAACCUUAUCUUUACAUAUGGGGGAAAAGAGGAAUUCAAUAUCACAGCUGAAGUGAAAAAUAUUGUUGAAACACCUCAUUAUAUUCUUGGUAAGUCGAACAGCACGGACUGGAAAAAAAUGAAAGAUCUAGAUGCACCAUUUUCAGUUCUUGAAACUGACAAAGUUGUGCUGAUAGCUCCAACUUCUGAAGCAAGAGGCAUUGUGGAUAUUGAUGGUUUACUCCGCAGAUAUGAUGACAUCAUGACAAAACUGGAAGACCUCUCAGGCUUUACUGAAAGUGACCCACCACCCCAGGGUAAACAGUGGAUGGUUGAUGAUGUUCAGAUAACUGCUGGAAGUGCACAUGCAGGAUUCCCAGCAAUGUUUGAUCAUGAGUUUUAUGACCUGACUUCACCUAAAACACCACAUGACUGGGUUGUCUGGCAUGAGCUUGGGCACAACUACCAGCAAGGGCCAUACUGGUCCAAUGCCUAUGGGAGUGAGUCCACUGUGAAUUUGUUCUCUCUUUAUAUCGAAGAGAAGCUGAAAGGGAGUGACCGUUUGAAGAGGGAAAAUGUAUACUUACCAACAGCCCAAGCAGUCGACAAGGGACUGACAUUCGAACAAGCCAAUUACUGGCAACAGUUAGUUUUCCUAAUGGAAAUAAAACAUUCAUUCCCAAGUCAUGGAUGGGAGAUGUUUCGGCACUUGAAUCGCACCGUCCGGGCCCUGUCAGAGCAAGAUGCUGCUGUACUGAAGAAAACCCGUCAGAACCAGUACGACUACGUUUAUGUUACGCUUAGCCGCUUCAUUGGUACUGAUUUGCUACCUCACUACCAAAGGUGGUCUUUGCCAGUUUCUGAAAAGGCACAGAAUGAGGUGAAAUCUCUGGGAUUACCUAAAGCUCCUCAGAAUAUGUCUGCUAGCAGCAAUCCAGAGAAGUGCAUAAUCUCUUAAUGUAAACGGUGAUUUGAUGGUUUGCAUGCAGAAUUCUUUUUAUGAAGACAACAUUAGGUUUUUUUCAGUUCACAUGUGUAGUACUUAGUUUGAAAUAAUCAGUACUAUAAAAAAUUCGCAGCUCCUGUGUAUCUGGUAUCUAGCCCCAUCCCAUACUUUUGAAAGACAUGUUUGUCAGGAGAGGUUGGAGAAGGGUAUUUACUCGUUGAAGGCUGGGAGAGACUGGCAAGUUUCCAUCCCUGUGACUGGCUGAUCACUAGCCAGUAAGGAGCGUCAUAAGGGACAGGGCUGGAUAUCAGAUGCACGGGUGAUGUGAAUUUUUUUUUAUAGUAGGUGUGACGGUAUUAGUCAUCUUUGCCUCUAUUUACAUCUAGAGGUUAGACUUGUUUUCAUUUGGGUUUUAAUUUCGUUUUAGUGUCUAAAUUACUCUCCGAUUCAUGUUUAAUUUACAUAUACUUUAUAUUUAGUAAUGACAGUAAUCUGUCUCCCCAUUCCACAAGUAGAAUGGGCUGAGUCUUAGAGAAUGUCAUAUAAGCAAUAGUUAAGAAGCAUUUCUUGUUAGGUGAAUAAAUAUGGUUUUCUCUUUGAUUUUUAACCUGUCUUAAUGAAAUAUUAGAGGUUUUCUCCAGGUACUGGGUAAAUCUUUGUUAGAUGGGCAUUAGAUUUUCAUAUCCUUAACAAGC